AUGCGACGAAAUUCUACACCUAAUACCUCUACACCUACAUCAUCCCAGAGGAAGAAACUAGCUUCUAAAGCUGCUUCUGAGUCAAUCGCUGACUCAGAAGCACCUUCUACCGACGCUGACGAGACAAUGAACAAAUUAACUGCGAGUCUAAAACUCAUUUCAUGUACCGUUAAUGAAGAGGUUGAGAAGGCGGUCAACAGCAUCACGGAACGAGCCUGCACUGCGAUCCAGGAAGUCUCUGAAGAGUCCAGGAAGCAGACCUCUCUCAUCGUUGAAGCAGCUAGCAGUAGUUCUCCACAGACUCUCUCCCCUUCCGGUGAAGUAGAAAGCAUACCUAACCCACCACCUCCGGAGAACUUGUAUCAGAUUGACGGAAACUUCGACACCAUCUCCCCUCCUAACAGUAUCGAGUCUGUCCCCUCCCUGGAGGAUCUCUACAGCUUCUUCAAGACCUCAGUCCUCAGCAAGCCAGCGGAGGAGGAGGUGGCGGGGUUGGUAGUGGGAAACCUGAACCAAUCUGUGAGAGAGGACGUGAAGAAGGAGCUGGACUGCGAGAUUAAACAAGAACGUCUGGACGAGUCUGAGGAGAUUAUGAUUGAGAAGAUUCCCCAGUCGCCCAGAGCACCUUGCUCUGCGCCAGGCCCAGAGCACCUUGCUCUGGGCCUGGCGCAGAGCACCUUGCUCUGGGCCUGGCGCAGAGCAAGAGAGUGGCUGGAAAUCUUUGAAAACGCUGCUUCUGUCUUCAUUUUCGCACAUGCAGACAAGUUACCAGAUGACGCAACCGAAAAAACUGCUAAAAAAGCAGAACUCAUGAGAACACUGUUAACAGUCAAUCUGGGGCCUGACGCGUUGAAGAAGUUGCGUGCAUUUACAUUUCCUGCUGAAAUUAAAGACACUGACUACGCUACCCUGAGAAAAACUCUUGUUGAUCGGUUAUCACCCAAAACAAACAUUGUAGCUCAACAGCAGAAGUUUAUGACUUUAAAUCAGAUUGCUGGUGAAUCCUUAUGUACUUUUAUGUCACGAUUGAAGGAAGCUGCUAAUGUUUGUCAGUUCGGUGAUUUGUUUGAUUUAAUGGUGCGUACACGUUUUGUGGCUGGACUAUCCUCUGAUAGGAUACGUGCUGAACUCAUAUCAGAAUCUGCUACCAAUGACACGUCUGCCAGCCUGUUCGAUAAAGCUCAGACGAAGGAGAACGCUCUGCAAAGUUCAAUAAACUGUCGCAAACCCGGACAUAUCGCGAAGAACUGUCGUUCAGCUAAGAAGCAAUCCCAUUGUGUUGAAGGGAUUGGUGAUCAUGAUGAUGGCAACGCUUGCGCUGCUGAUUAUGGGUACACACACCAAGAGUUGGAGAACACGUUGUACUGCGUGGAGACGGCUGAUCCUGUCCAGAUUCCAGUACAGACUCCUGUUCCCGAUGGUACUCUUCCUGCAUCAGUUAAAUUGCGAGUAGCUAAUUUUAAUUGUGAAAGCAUUGACUGCAAGGCCCUUGUAAACGUUGAAUUUAGAGGCAAGAAAUGGAUUUUACCACUAUAUGUUGUCGAUUGUCGGUUUCCCACACUCCUAGGUCGAGAGUGGAUCAUCCAGAUGUUUGGUAAAGACUGGUUGGAUCAUAUGAUAGGACUUGUUGAUGUUGAGCAAUCUUACGCUGUCUCCAAGCUUCAGAGAGAUGAAUUUGUUAGUGAGAUACUCCGCAGUCCUGUGUUCGAUCCUGGUGUUGGAACUGUUAAAGGAUUCGAAGCUUGUCUACAAUUUAAGCCUGAUGCGAGAGCAAAGUUUUGCAAGGCAAGGCAGGUCCCAUUUGCCAUCGUAGACAAGGUUGGGAAAGCCAUAGACGAGUUAGUGAAGAAUGGACAGCUGAUUCCAACAGAGCACUCAGACUGGGCUUCACCCAUAGUUCCUGUCAUGAAAGCGGAUGGUACGAUUCGCAUAUGUGGUGACUACAAGACUACCGUAAAUCCUAAUCUUGACACAGCUAUUUACCCACUUCCUACGAUAGAAGAUUGCUUGAGUAAGAUUGUCGGAGGUAAACUGUUUACUAAGCUGGAUAUCAGAGCCGCUUAUAAUAGUUUGAAGUUGAGAGAAUGUGACCAAAAGAUUGUGACUUUGAACACACACAAAGGAUUGUUCAGUCCUACUUCUCUACCAUUCGGUAUUUCAUCUGCCGGACCGAUAUUUGAACGCAAGAUUGAUGAUACCUUGAGAAAGACAGAGAACACAGCAUGGCGUGUUGACGACAUUCUAAUAACUGGACCUGAUGAUGAGAGUCACAUGAAGAACGUGAGAACGGUGAUUACAGCACUAGAGAAUGAAGGCUACAAAUGCCGGCUAGACAAAUGUGUUUUCAUGGAGCCUAAGGUGACAUUUCUUGGCCAUGAAGUAUCUGCUGACGGGAUAAGACCGCUGAGUUCGAAAGUUGAAACCAUAGUGAGAGCACCGUAUCCUACUACUAGAGCGGAGAUGAUAUCAUUUCUUGGUGGUGCACAGUACUAUUCACGUUUUAUUCCCAACAUGUCAACAGUUGUUGAACCACUUAACCGUUUAAGACCCGCUGACAGUAUUUUCCACUUUGGAGAUAGAGAAAAGAGAGCUUUUGAUGAGUUAAAAGCGCUGUUAUCGUCUGACUUGGUUCUAACAGUCUACAACCCUGAGCUGGAGUUAAAGCUUGACACGGACGCUUCAUCCGUUGGUUUAGGAGCUGUUAUGUCACAUAUUGAUGAAAAUGGGACAGAGCGACCGAUCGAGUAUAUAUCUCGAACUCUGACGAAAUCUGAGAGAAACUAUUCCAUGAUAGAAAAAGAAGCAUUGGCAAUAGUUUGGGCGACUAAGAGACUGCACCGUUAUCUUUUUGGACGACCGUUUACCCUAGUUACAGACCACAAGCCGCUGGAAUCUAUCUUUCACCCUAGUCGUGGGAUUCCUAGCAUGGUGGCAGGUCGUUUACAACGAUGGUCAUUGUUCCUUAGCGGUUACACUUACAAGAUCCAGUUUCGACCCACUGGUAAACAUUGUAAUGCUGAUCUAUGUUCCCGUUUUCCACUGCCUUUAGACACAUCGGCAGAGACGAGAGAGUUUGAUGACGAGUUAACAGAGGAGUUUGAAAUGAAACCUCUAGAUACUGUUUUCAGCGUGCACUACUUCGGUGAUGACAAACCUUUGAUUGACGCUGAGUUAAUAGCUAGUCACACGAGAAGAGACAAGACACUUAGUCGAGUGUUACAGUUUGUUAAAGACGGCUGGAACGAGAAACCCUCUGUUGAUGUCGAGCUGAAACCGUUUUACACACGUCGAAACGAGUUGUCAGUAGACCAGAACUGUAUUGUCUGGGGAUCUCGAGUUGUUAUUCCAGAGAGUAUGAGAAAGAGCGUGCUUUCAAUGCUUCAUGCAACACACAUGGGCAUUUCACAAACCAAAGCACUAGCGAGAGGCUAUGUUUAUUGGCCAAACAUGGAUGCUGAGAUCGAGAAAAUGGUUAAAAUAUGUGAACCAUGUCAACUAAACCAGAAGAAACCCGCUAGAUCUACACCACACCCAUGGGCUAAAACUAUGGAGGCUUGGGAGCGGAUUCAUCUAGAUUUCUGUGGACCCUUUCUUGGAUCUAUGUGGCUGAUAGUUAUCUGUUCGUAUUCAAAAUGGUUAGAAGUUGUUAGAAUGACGAACAUUACAAGUAAGAGAGUGAUUCAAGAGUUACGAGACAUCUUUAGCCGUUGGGGACUACCCAAGAUACUAGUAUCAGACAAUGGAUCGAGUUUAACUUCAGAAGAGUUUAAAGUAUUCACGAACAAUAACCAGAUUCGACACAUGCUUAUUCCUGCUUACUCACCUGCAAGUAAUGGACAAGCAGAAGUUGCAGUCGGACUGUUUAAAAGAGCUAUGAAACGGAUGAUCUUGAAAAACCCUGACGUUAUGUGUAACCUGGCUGAUUGGCUGCUUAACUACCGCAACACACCACACACCACUACCGGAGUAGAGCCUGCAGUUGCGAUGAUGAAACGACGGACGAGAAACGCCUUGAGUUUUCUACACCCGAGUUCGAGUAGUAAGUUUGCCAAAGUUGCUUUAAACGAUCAGAACACGAUUGCUGAAUCGAGACUUCGUGAUAUGAAGAUUGAUGACACUAUAUCGUUCUAUGAUGAGAACAAGAAGUGCUGGAGAAACGGUGUUAUCGAGGGUAAGGAAGGUACCAAAGUGCUACUGAUCAAGACACCUGAUGGAGUCUACCGCAAGCAUUUGGACCAGGUAAUCAAGAGAUCUGUUGUGUCAGAACCGUUGCAACAAACAGAUCCGGAUACACCACGAGUUGAGCUGGAGAUAAGAGAUGAGCAGAGCUCUACAGCUAUUGAGGGUGAUUUCAAGAAGACAGCUAGCUUACCUGAGAGUACAGAGCCGGAAACUUCGAUUAUAGUUGGUAAUAAUCCAAAUCUACCCGCUGAGCCUGACCAUAAGGCAGCCGUUGAACCUAUAAUCACUGCACAACCUGUACUUAAACCACGUGAGCUUGCCAUAGAAAUUAACCGUAGCACUAUGAAACCUAAUAUUGUUAGAGAGCAUGAAUUGCAACAACCUAAUUUGCUUCUGCCAGCAAACUUUGCACGUGAUAGUAAACCACCAGACAGGCUAAGUUACCGCAAACUGGGAGGAACAUAA